AUGCACCCAUUCUAUAUAAUCUUUAACACAGGUUCUGACUACCAUUACUUUAGCAAAUUAAUUGAAAUACCAGUAGGCCAUUUAAUCAUUAUUAUUAUUAAUCCUCCUGAUAUCUGUUCUAACAUUGACUUUAUCGUUUUCUGUGCCACACAGAAAGAGGGCGAUCAACAGAUAACAUCUCAAGUUGGAGGGAAGCUCGUGACCUACACCCAAACAGGGCUGGCGGCCGGGCAAGAGUACACAGUGACAAUCAAGGGAGAAAUAAAUGGGAGAAUGGGCACUGAGAGCACAGCAGAAUUCACAACCCGUGAGUCAGGAAACCACAUUUUGUAUCCCCUUAUUAUCAUCUGUUACUUCGGUUAUCAAUAUAUAUAAAUGCUAAGUCGUUUUUUCCCAAUGCUUUUCCCCGACCCACCACCCAGUUAUCUCUGGACCCACAAACCUUCAAGUUGUGAAGACAACCACAACAUCUGCAGUUGUCCAAUGGGAACAAUCGCAAGGAGACAUCGACAGGUAUCGCUUAACUGUUGCACCCAAUCAGACAGACGGAACAGCCAAGGGAAGACAAGACCUGACCCUGCCCCCUGAGAGGGACUCUGCCCAGAUUGACGGUUUGGACCCGGGGCAUUUGUAUGACAUUACACUAGUGGCUGAAAAAGGCAGGAUCAAGAGCAAGCCAGCAACAGUCCAAGUCACACCUGGUGAGUUUUAUUGGAUGAGGGGGUUGCUUACUUUAGUUACUACAUUGCAUAUGAAAAUAUCCAGAAAAUAGAUUGUAUAAGAAGCAAUCUUUAUUUAGUGUAUCAUAUUCUUUAUUAGUUUAUUUGGAAAUAAUGACCAUAAAAAGUAUAAUAUAUUUUAAGAUAAGAGUUAUACAGUCAUGAAACAACAAAUAAAUUGUGAACUAAGCAGAAGAAGCAGGAGAGAAAGAGAAAGUCAUCAUUAUGUUUAAAAAGAGAGAGAAAUCUAUGAAACAAAUUGGAUUCCCUGGCAAUGUGAAUGAAUAUGCAAGGGAGGCCAGUCCUGCUCCUGUGAAGUGUUAUCCCACUAAAGUUAACAUGUCUAGGCAAGUCAUUAUUCAAUAGAGCAGGUCACUGGAAGUGAAAUGAAAAUAGCUUGAAAUGAAUUGAGGUACAAUAUAAAAACUCCUCCUGGAGCUAAGCUGAUCUCUCUUUGUAAAAUAUAUUUUCAUUUUCAUUCUUUAUGUUUGAUGAUUUAUGCUUCUCUCUUUCUCGACAGUUGCAGCACACACUUAACUCACAACAUUGAAUAUUUCAGCACCCGAACAAUGAAUGGCAAGGUUGUUUUGAUGUCCAAAUAUAAUAAUCUUUCCACUUUUCCCUGCAGGUUUAACAGCAUACAGUGGGGGAAAAAAGUAUUUAGUCAGCCACCAAUUGUGCAAGUUCUCCCACUUAAAAAGAUGAGAGAGGCCUGUAAUUUUCAUCAUAGGUACACGUCAACUAUGACAGACAAAAUGAGAAAAAAAAUCCAGAAAAUCACAUUGUAGGAUUUUUUAUGAAUUUAUUUGCAAAUUAUGGUGGAAAAUAAGUAUUUGGUCAAUAACAAAAGUUUCUCAAUACUUUGUUAUAUACCCUUUGUUGGCAAUGACACAGGUCAAACGUUUUCUGUAAGUCUUCACAAGGUUUUCACACACUGUUACUGGUAUUUUGGCCCAUUCCUCCAUGCAGAUCUCCUCUAGAGCAGUGAUGUUUUGGGGCUGUCGCUGGGCAACACAGACUUUCAACUCCCUCCAAAGAUCUGGAGACUGGCUAGGCCACUCCAGGACCUUGAAAUGCUUCUUACGAAGCCACUCCUUCGUUGCCCGGGCGGUGUGUUUGGGAUCAUUGUCAUGCUGAAAGACCCAGCCACGUUUCAUCUUCAAUGCCCUUGCUGAUGGAAGGAGGUUUUCACUCAAAAUCUCACGAUACAUGGCCCCAUUCAUUCUUUCCUUUACGCGGAUCAGUCGUCCUGGUCCCUUUUCAAAAAAACAGCCCCAAAGCAUGAUGUUUCCACCCCCAUGCUUCACAGUAGGUAUGGUGUUCUUUGGAUGCAACUCAGCAUUCUUUGUCCUCCAAACACGACGAGUUGAGUUUUUACCAAAAAGUUCUAUUUUGGUUUCAUCUGACCAUAUGACAUUCUCCCAAUCCUCUUCUGGAUCAUCCAAAUGCACUCUAGCAAACUUCAGACGGACCUGGACAUGUACUGGCUUAAGCAGGAGGACACGUCUGGCACUGCAGGAUUUGAGUCCCUGGCGGCGUAGUGUGUUACUGAUGGUAGGCUUUGUUACUUUGGUCCCAGCUCUCUGCAGGUCAUUCACUAGGUCCCCCCAUGUGGUUCUAGGAUUUUGGCUCACCGUUCUUGUGAUCAUUUUGACCCCACGGGGUGAGAUCUUGCGUGGAGCCCCAGAUCGAGGGAGAUUAUCAGUGGUCUUGUAUGUCUUCCAUUUCCUAAUAAUUGCUCCCACAGUUGAUUUCUUCAAACCAAGCUGCUUACCUAUUGCAGAUUGAGUCUUCCCAGCCUGGUGCAGGUCUACAAUUUUGUUUCUGGUGUCCUUUGACAGCUCUUUGGUCUUGGCCAUAGUGGAGUUUGGAGUGUGACUGUUUGAGGUUGUGGACAGGUGUCUUUUAUACUGAUAACAAGUUCAAACAGGUGCCAUUAAUACAGGUAAUGAGUGGAGGACAGAGGAGCCUCUUAAAGAAGAAGUUACAGGUCUGUGAGAGCCAGAAAUCUUGCUUGUUUGUAGGUGACCAAAUACUUAUUUUCCACCAUAAUUUGCAAAUAAAUUCAUUAAAAAUCCUACAAUGUGAUUUUCUGGAGAAAAAUAAUCUCAAUUUGUCUGUCAUAGUUGACGUGUACCUAUGAUGAAAAUUACAGGCCUCUCUCAUCUUUUUAAGUGGGAGAACUUGCACAAUUGGUGGCUGACUAAAUACUUUUUUUCCCCACUGUAUAGGCCAACUAUUGUCAAUGCAGGUGUUGUUGGAAAACAGGAUAAUUAAAAGUGUUCAGUUAAAAUGUAAUAUUUUUGAUUUUCCCAUUUGGAUCUAACAGUGCUUCCCUCUUGUAGUUGGAUCAAAAAACAUUUUGUUAUCUUUGAUUACAAAUGAUCGCUUCAUGCCUUUAGGAAGAUCCACAAAGACAAUAUCCAGGGUGACCAUGGACACUGUGACCAUACAGGUAGCACCAGGAGUAGAAAGCCAUGAUGAAGACCCAGCAGGGAAUACAAAGCCUGUGAAGGCCAUCUUCUACUCAAAGGCCAAUGGUGAAGAACCAGAGCGUGGAAAGAAUAGCAGUGGACCAGGCUCUGUAACAGUCAAAGGCACCAAUGGAACCAAAGAGGUCCCAUCUGUUACAACCAGCACAAGACCACUUGUCAACACAAAAUACAGGGUUGUACAUAAACCAGGUGAUAGAAUAACCUUGCCCAGGAAGCCAUACAUUGGAGGCUCUAUCCGUUUCAAUGGUACAAGAGUAGGCCAGGGUGGGAGGAGAGUGGGUCACAGUCUUCUGAAAAAGCCUUCAAGCAGAAAUCCAUUGGAGGGGCCAAAGGUCAAGAAGACCUUAAAUACUGACACUAAACCAGAAAAUCCCAUUGUUGGGGACAGGACUAUAGCUAUAACUGUGAAAGACACUAAGCUGAAGACAUGUCCUCUUGGAGAAAAAGAUGGAACUUCGACAAAGACAUAUCCUGUUGGAAGCCUUCCUGAAAAUGCCACUCCGAGCUCUGGUUCUGAACAACCAACAGUGAUUCCCGGCUUAAAGGACCUACCUGAUAGAAAAAAGGGUACAGAGACUGAAACAAAUGAGCCAGGACAAGGGACAGAUGGUCUGGAGCCUACAACCACAUCAGAAAAGAAUACUACUGUUCACCUGAACGGGAAGAAAUGUGUCAACAAGAUUAAAUUGACACACAGGAAAGUCAAUGUGACCCGUAGAGAGAGAGUCAUUGGGGGGAGGGUCAAUGGCACAAUAGUUAAAAGUAAACCCACAACAGAGCAGGGGUUUGCUGAAAAAGAGGACAGUGCCCUAAAAGUGUCUGAAACAAGACAUUCCAAGACUACAUUUCCUGAGCGCAACCUGUUAAUUCACACACAGAGAAAAGCAGAUGACAUUGCUCCACACACCACACAAAGUCCUACAUAUCCAACUUUCUCUUCACCUUCACCAGUAUCACCUACUUCCUACAUGUCACUUAUUUCAGCUCCUGCAAAACUUGAUGAAUCAAUGACCGGUAUCGGUCAACCCAUGGCUGACAGAGAUGUGGUGAAUACAAAGACUUUGCCUGUUCCCCAAUCCCAAUCCUCUAACCUACCUCCAGAAGGGGAACCAACAUCCUCCAGCGAAUCAGAACAAAAUGGCAAUAGACCAUCUCCUUCCAACUCUGAGGACUCAUACUCAGAUAAAGUGAAUGUUGCUGUAGCAGAUGUGGGUAUCAGCAGAGAUGGAGAGAAAACAACUGACGUGGGAUUGUUUGGAACCAAACAAAACAAGACAAAGACUUUGAGAGUGGGUGGCACACCACCUUUUCGACGCCUACCUCCAAAGGGGCCCUACCAACGCCGCCCAAACCUAAAUAUGAGACCAUUCCAAAACAGGACACGUUCACCUUCUUCAGUUCCCACAAAACAAAAUGAAUCAAAGACCGGUAUGGGUCAACCCAUGACUGACAGACAAGUGGUGUUUGCAAAGACAUUGCUUGUUUCCCCAGCCCAAUCCUCAACCCUCCAUCCAGAUGCUCAGCCAGAGAGGGCACCAAAAUCCUCCAGUGAAUCAGAACAGAGUGGCAAAGAAGACUAUUCAUCAUCUUCCUCCACUUCAGAGGAAUCAGACUCUACUAAAGAAAAUGUUGCAGUGGCAGAGGAUGGUAUGAGCACAGACGGAGACAGGGCAACUUACGUGGUGUCGUCUGGAACUGAACAAAACAAGUCAAAGACUCUGACAGUGGGUGGCACACCACCCUUACGCCGUCUACCUCCUAAGUGGACUCAGCAACGCCGCCCACACCCAAAUAUGGGACCAUUCCAAAACAGGACACGAACAAACCUGAGACCCCCACAGCAUCAAUCAAGAGGCCCCAUACGCAGACCUUUCCCACCUAAACUGACAAACAGGGACAACGGCAUCAUUGUUCAAACCACUCAACCGGUGGAGCAGGGCUCCUACAGCACCAGCCAGAAUGACACAAACACAGACCGUAAGCCCAAAACUCUCCUCAAGAGAACAAAUGCCACAGCUAGUAAAAUAGCACGAGGUCAAACAUAUAUGAGAAAUAACGGUAGUUUGAGCCAAAGGGGCCAAGAUUCAAAAACAGGUCAUCAUGACAAAGGUAGCCAAGUGAGUAAGACUGCUGAUUCAAAAGACAGCCCAAACCAGAUAAAUGGAUCAGAUGCCACUACUACUGGAAAAACAGGCCAGCCUCUAAACUCAGUGGGGGUUCAAAGCAUAACCUCAGGAGGUUUCGUACUUGUUUGGGGAGCACCAGAGGGGAUGUACAGAAAUUUCAUAGUAACCCGGGAAGAGCAUGGAAGUAAGAAUGAGGCAGAGAAAGAGGAGGAAGAGGAAGUGGAGGAGAGGGAGAGUGAGUCAGAGGAGGAUAGUGAGGAGGAAGGGGAGGGGGAGGGGGAGGCAAAAACUGAGAAGGAGAACAACGGGAAUGAGGAGGAAAGUGAAAUGGGGGUGAGUCAAGGUAAGGGGGGAGUGGAGGAGAACACUGUUACCAAUAGCAAAAGUGAUAACCAUAGACAGAACAGCAACAGUAAUACUUUGGCUAAAGUUGGUGACGGGGGUACAAUCAAGUUCUCCAAAGUCCUUCCAGGGUCGGCUCGCUUAUUCCCAUUCCAGAAUCUCCAUCCACAGACACGCUAUUCCCUGUCCGUGUUUGGGAAGGGUCCCGGACUACGCUCCAAAAUUCACAGACUCAUCGUCAGCACAGGUACUUGCCAUAGUUAAAUCUCUACCAACUACUACAAGGGUUCAUUAGCUCAUUGUUCAAGCACAGGACUUCUCUUUUCUUGAACUAUGCAAGUUAUUCAAGACACCCAAGUUAGAUGCCGAUACAUCCUCACACCAUUUUAGGUGAGGUAUACUUACACAGCUGCUUGAUCCAUAUCCAUUUCAAGAGCUGUCACACUCUUGAUACUGUAACUUCCUGAAUUACAGUACUUCAUCAUGUUUGUUGUUAAUUUGCAUCAUCUGCUUAUUGAUACCGUGAGCUGUGUUUCUUUUGGUUUGUCCUUGACAACCAAGAGCUUUUAAUUAAAGCAAUGGUAAAUCAAUCCAUAGCUUUAAUUACAAAUUAUAAACUGGGUGGUUUGAGCCCUGAAUGCUGAUUGGCUGAAAGCCGUGGUAUAUCAGACCGUAUACCAUGUGUAUGACAAAAAAGUACAUUUUACUGUUGUAAUUAUGUUGGUAACCAGUUUAUAUUAGCAAUAAGGCACCUCUGGGGUUUGUGGUAUAUGGCCAAUAUACCAUGGCUAAUGGCUGUAUCCAGGCACUCUGCGCUGUGUCGUGCGAAAAAGAACAGCCCUUAGCCGUGGUAUAUUGGCCAUAUACCACACCUCCUCUGGCAUUAUUGCUUAUAUGCAAUGACCAAACAAUCAUGCAUCUGUGCUAAUCAUUGUUUAUACCAUGUUGUGCAGUGAUUAGUGCAAUUGUGAUGUGUGGUGUUCAUACUGGGUGCAUUGUGGAAAAACAGGUAUGAUUGCCAAAACAUGGGCUGUUCCUAACUGGGAAACUAUUUGAAGCACAUCCCAUCAGAAAAUGUGAACAUGAGUUCAUAAUCUCCAAAAUGUAGGUUAUGUUGAGGGAUACUCUUUCAUUAAGGUAAUUUCCGCUAUAUAAUAUAUAAUAAUUACUUUUGUAACAGUUGCAGAUGCAGGUUUUUGAUCAGUGAUAAAUCUUACACAAUCAACACGAUUACAUAGCCUCCCUAGUCCAUAUACGACAUAUCACAUACAGCCUGUGUUUUCCAUUUUGUACAUGGACAGUAUGUCAACCCAAACACAUCCAUGUGUUAAGCACAUACAGUGCCUUCAGAAAGUAUUCACACCCCUUGACUUAUUCCACAUUUUGUUGUGUUACAGCCUGAAUUCAAAAUGAUUUAAAUAUAUUAUUUUCUCACCCAUCUACACACAAUACCCCAUAAUGACAAAGUGAAAACAUGUUUUUAGAAAUUUUACCAAAUCUAUUGAAAAUGAAAUACAGAAAUAUCUCAUUUACAUACGUAUUCACACCCCAGAGUAAAUACUUUGCAGAAGCACCUUUAGCGGCGAUUACAGCUGAGUCUUUUUGGGUAAGUCUCAAAGAGCUUUGCACACCUGGAUUGUACAAUAUUUGCGCAUUAUUCUUUUUUAAAUUCUUCAAGCUCUGUCAAGUUGAUUGUUGAUCAUUGCUAGACAGCCAUUUUCAAAUCUUGCCAUAGAUUUUGAAGCCGAUUUAAGUCAGAACUGUAACUAGGCCACUCAACAUUCAAUGUCGUCUUGGUAAGAAACUCCAGUGUAGAUUUGGCCUUGUGUUUUAGGUUAUUGUCCUGCUGAAAGGUGAAUUUGUCUCCCAGUGUCUGUUGGAAAGCAGACAACCAGGUUUUCCUCUAGGAUUUUGCCUGUCCUUAUAGCUGUAUUCCAUUUCUUUUUAUCCUAAAAAACUCCCUAGUCCUUGACAAGCAAACCCAUAACAUUUUAGUCAUUUAGCAGAUGCUCUCAUCCAGAGCGACUUACAGUUAGUGAGUGCAUACAUUUUUAAUUUUUUCAUACUGGAAUCGAACCCACAACCCUGGCGUUGCAAAUGCCAUGCUCUACCAACUGAGCUACAUCCCUGCCGGCCAUUCCCUCCCCUACCCUGGGCCAAUUGUGCGCCGCCCCAUGGGUCUCCCGGUCGCGGCCUGCUACGACAGAGCCUGGAUUCGAACCAGGAUCUCUAGUGGCACAGCUAGCACUGCGAUGCAGUGCCUUAAACCACUGCGCCACUCGAGGGGCAUAACAUGAUGCAGCCACCACCAUGCUUGAAAAUAUGAAGAGUUGUACUCAAUUAUGUGUUGGAUUUGCCCCAAACAUAACACUUUGUAUUCAGGACAAAAAGUUAUUUUCUUUGCCACAUUUUUUGCUGUAUUAUUUAAGUGUCUUGUUGCAAACAGGAUGCAUGUUUUGGAAUUUGUACAGGCUUCCUUCUUUUCACUCUGUCAUUUAGGUUAGUAUUGUGGAGUAACUGCAAUGUUGUUGAUCCACCCUCAGUUUUCUCAUAUCACAACCAUUAAACUCUGUAACUGUUUUAAAAUCACCAUUGGCCUCAUGGUGAAAUCCCUGAGCAGUUUCCUUCCUCUCCGGCAACUGAGUUAGGAAGGAUGCCUGUAUCUUUGUAGUGACUGGAUGUAUUGAUACUCUACCCAAAGCCUAAUUAAUAAUGUCACCAUGCUCAAGGGGAUAUUCAGCAUCUGCUUUUAAUUUUUACACAUAUACCAAUCGGUGCCCUUCUUUGCGAGGCAUUAAAAAACCUCCCUUGUCUUUGUGGUUGAAUCUGUGCUUAAAAUUCACUACUCGAUUGAGGGACCCUAUAGAUAAUUGUAUGUGUGGGGUACAGAGCUGGGGUAGUUAUACAAAAAUCAUGUUAACCACUGUUAUUUAACACUAUAUGAAUCCAUGCAACUUAUUAUGCGAUUUGUUAAGCACAUCUUUACUCCUGAACUUAUUUAAGCUUGCCAUAACAAAGGGGUUGAAUAUUUUUUGACUCAAGAGAUUUCAGCUUUAAAUUUUUUAUUAAUUUCAAAGAUUUUCUACAAACGAAAUUCCACUUUGACAUUAUGGGGUAUUGUGUGUAGAUCAGUGACACAAAAUCUCAAUUUAAAUCAAUACAAAUCCAGGCUGUAACACAACAAAAUGUGGAAAAAGUAAAAAGAGGUGUGAAUACUUUCUAAAGGCACUGUACUAAUGAAAAUUACUCUAUUCAUGAGACAGUCUAAAAGACUUCAACCAUUCAGCCACAACCGCCAUUCACUGCUGGUCUGAUCUUCUCUCACUUAGGGUAAGCUUUAAGUCAGCAACCUUCAUUGGCUCCCUUCAUCACUCACAAAACCCAGGGUAAGACCAUGGUUGGUCCCUAUGGUUUUUCCUGAUCUUAAGCGUGAAAUGUACAGAUUUUAAUCCUAUGAGUCUUUUUAAAAUAUAUUUGUAAAAAUAAAUAAAAAAGAACGGAAUUCUACAAGCUUUUAACGAUUACAUAGUUUUUUUGUUUUUUCAGAGGGUGAGGUCUCAAAUGGUAUUUGGAAUCAUUAUGGCAGGAUUCUUCUCACUCAAGGUUGAAAAUCUGUUGGUCAACACAUUUCUUAUUCCUUAGAAAUUAUCUUUCUCUUGCUUUAUCUCUCCUAUUCUUGUAUUAAAAUAAUUUGGGGUAUGUAUUUGUUAUCAACAUCACUUCAAUUUUUCCUGUCUCCUGUUAUAACUAUUUUAACUUUUUCUCUUUCCUGCCAACUUCUUUUUUUUUUUUUCAGGAUCAAAAGACCAGCUCAACAUUAAUAUUUCAUCCUUUUCCCUUGCUGCUUUCCAGGGUCCAACAUCUGCAUUUAACAGUGAAACCUUUGUCUGUGUUAGUAUAUGCUAUACUGUGUAUACUGUAUAUAUGUUUGCACUGUACAUAUAUACCCAAACUCAAUGGAGCACUAAUAAUAACAGCGUGAGUAAACAAGAAGUACAAUAUAAAAGUAUGGGUGCACCUACAUUUUAGGGUAUAUUGAUCUUUCUUCUCCGUAUAUGUAGUAUGACUUACCUCAAGUCUCCAUUUUCUCUUUCUCAAAUAUAUUCUAUAUUUUUCUAUAUUCUAUAUAUUCUAUAUUUGUCUUUCUUACACUUUUUAUUUGUCUUUAUUUGUUUUUAUGUGUCUUUCUGUCUGCGUUUGUCUUUCUAUCUUUUGUUUCUCUUUUUCACUCUCAAUCACACAUAAUAUUCCCCUGCCAUGCCCAGGUCCAGAGCCUCCCUCAGGUCUUCUCUUCAGUGAAGUGACUGAGACGUCUCUCUCUGUGUCCUGGACCAAGCCAAAAGGUCCAGUGAGUGGCUUCAAGGUCACCUACACUCACACACAGGAAGGUAGGUGCUUACACUAAUGUUCUGUUGGUCAAAAUCCUGGCUGUUGAGUCACAUCAGUUCAUUGUGUAUUCACAUCGCAAUUUGCCCGUUCUAUUCAAGGGGAGCCUCUCUCCGUAACAGUGGACUCUGUGGAUUCCACUCUGCCACUGACAAAGCUCUCUCCAGGGUCCUCCUAUGAGGUCAGCGUGAUAUCCGUCCUUGGACUGGACGAGAGCGAUGCAAUCAAAGACCUGGUUAUGACACGUAAGUUUACUUCAGUCAUACUGUUGACUUUCAGUUUUAGGAUUAAUGCUAAUUUACAGGAAGUUGUCAGAUUGUAAAUUAUAGGAAGUUAGACUAUCAACAGCCACUUUUUUUGGUCCUUGGUGGUGUCUUGGUCAACAAAUUUAAGUUAAGCAUUAAAAACCACAUUAGAGAUGUAUUUUUUGUUUUGUUUCUUACUUUCGUGUGUAUGGUGUUUUUCUCUGCAUUUUAUAUGGGUUCUGUGUUCUCAUAAUUGUUCUAGCAGGUGCAGGAUCUGAGAAAGAUCUGUGCAUUUUCAUAUUUUCUCAAAUGGUCUAUCCUGGAGCUGUUUCAACUUCAAUUUCAAAAUACUUUAUUAGCAAGAAUGAGAUUCCUAUGUAUGUUGCUAAAUCUAAUGAUAUAUCGAAGGGGUUUGAUUUCACAUUGUGAUAACUAACGCUCCCUUUCUCUUGGCUUCAUUUUUUCAAACCCAAACCGAUCUUAGUCCCUGACCCUCCAACGGAUCUCAGGGCCAUUAAUGUCACAGACACCAAGGCCUUGCUGCUAUGGCGACCAGCACUGGCAACGGUCGACCGUUACGUCAUAGUUUAUGGCUCUGAAAAAGGUAAGGGGUAUCAUAAGUUGGAUAUCCAUUACAACAAUACCCUGUGGGGCUUUUAGAGCAUUUCCUUUCCAGUUGGAGCUUUCCACAGGCAAGAUGAGAUCAUAGUAUUUGUAUUGGACAGUCAGUUUAUGACCACCCCAACAGCAUUACAAUAUAAACACUGAGAAAUAAAUUAAAUCCUGCUGCCUACCUCUCUCCCCUGCCACUCACCUGCUCUCUCUCCGCCGCUUACUUGUUUCUAUGUCAACCAAGGGUCAGAUGAUGCGAAGAUCACUGUAUCGGGCAACGCGGCGGAGCAGCAGCUGAAAGGCCUGCAGGGCUCCACUAUGUACACGGUCACAGUCACCAGUCAGCUGGGCAACCUGGACAGCUCUGCCGCCAUCACCGUCUUCACCACCACCGGUGGUCAGUCCGCACACACACCCUCUCAAACCACCUUAAUGCUUAAACCAAUCAACUCACCUAAGACCGAGAAGAAAAGGAAGGCUGAUCUUUCCAUUGAAUCCCACAACUGAGCUUCUUGUGAUUGUGUCCAUGUCCAUCUGGCAGGAUCCGCGAAAGUCGGGGAAGUCCCGCGUGACCUGAAGGCCAGUCAGGUGACUCCUCGCUCAGCGUUGUUGACAUGGAAAGCACCCUCUGCCGCCGUGGGAAGCUACAAGCUGACCUAUCAAACGGAGGGACAGGAGAUGCAGGUGAGGAACACUGAUUAAAAGGUGGAGACAGACACACAUUCUAUUUUAUUCAGUAUAGUAAAUUAGGACAAAAUGCAACAAACUCUGGUCUAGACAGAUUACCUAUUUCUUCUCAACAGGAGGUUACCAUUGACUCCACAGUAACAGAGUUCAAGUUAACCAGGCUGCAUCCCAUGUCCAAGUACACGGUGCAGCUACAGGGAGAGAGGGGAGGGAGCUACACUGCUACAAUUUCCACUGAGUUCACCACAGGUAAGUGGUAUUUGACUUUAUUAAAAAAAACGUUAUAAAAACGAAAUACAUACAUCGAAAGCACAGCUUCAUAAAGUUGGGCUCUCUUUUUGAUUUUGUCUGUCAGGGAAUCUCCGAUACCCCUUCCCAAGUGACUGUUCCCAGGAGCUGCUAAACGGGAUACAUGAGUCUGGAGAGGUGGAGAUCUUCCCCAAGGGAAAGCAGGGAAAACCAGUGUUGGUCUACUGCGACCAGGUGACUGAUGGAGGCGGCUGGACGGUAAGAGAAGAUGAUUGUGAGAGGGACCAUGUGUCUAUACUGUUGGUGAAUAGAGAGAUUGGUAUUUAAAAUAUAUUCAGAUGUAGACAAUAGAUUUAGCAUAAUUUGUGGCAAAUGAAAUACAUUUAACUGCAUAAUGGCAAUAUCCCUUAAAGGAAAAUACCACUCAAAAACUAUCUUUUGCUAUUUUGUAUUUCAUUAGUCCACUGUAGAUACAGUCCCAAAAUGUUUUGCAUGUCUGCAAUCAAGUUUUCAAGAUAUAGAACUUUCAAAAUAAGUUUAUCUUGAAGACUUGAUUGCUGACAUGCAAAAAAAAUUGGGACUGGAUCAAAAGUGGACUAAUGAAAUACCAAAUACCAAAAUAGUUUUGGAGUGGUAUUUUCCUCUAACUGACAUGAGAGGGAGUUAACGGUUGGUUAAGGAUGGUAUAUGUCUGCUGUAUGAGCGUGUGUGCUUUACAGGUUUUCCAGAGAAGGAUGGAUGGGAAAACGGACUUCUUCAGAGGCUGGAAGAACUACAGCAAAGGGUUUGGAGAACUGAGUGGGGAAUUUUGGCUGGGUGAGAGUCAUUCAUCACACUAAGUUUGUUUUCACCCACUUCAGCAGCAGUGCACCAGCAUAACAUCAAACAGAACUGUUAUAUUGACGACUCAAAAGCUAAACUGUCACUCUUAUGUACACAGUGCAUGACAGAUCAACUCUGUAAAUAGACCCAUUGCUAGGCAGAUAAAUUAAACAGUAUAACGCCAGAUGAGAAGGAUCAAUUUAAUGUGGAAAUGUAUGGCAAGAGGGUAGAAAAAAAGCGACUACUGGCACUAUUGGUGCACAAACAGAACGACAACCAAGAGCAGUAGCAGAGGGCCUAUCAUUCAUCAAAGCCCUUUAACUUUAUUGGAGCGAUUGGCUGAGCAUUAGCGCUGGUAGCGCACUAUCCAGUAUUCUAUCAUUGAGGGGCAUCAUGCUCAUGUCUACUGUGUAGAUCUGAUGAAAAUAAGUCUUCAGCACCCCCUAGAGGCAACACAUAUAGUUUACGUCAGGAGCUCGGCAGUAAACAGUUUUUUGUCUGCUAUAACACCUUGUUUCCCACUCAUCUCUAUCCAUCUAUAGGUAAUGACAACCUACACAAUCUAACCAGCAUGGCACCAAUGACACUACGUGUGGACCUCCGUGCAGGGGACGAAUCAGUGUUUGCCAAGUACUCUGUAUUCACAGUGGACACUGUUAGGAGGAACUAUGCUCUCAAAGUGUCUGGGUACAGCGGUACAGCAGGUGAGAACAGAAUGUGUUCACUAAAAAGGAUUGACUUCUUAUUGUGCAUAUUUCCACAUAAUCAUUAAACCCAUCCCUUCUUCUUUUCUCAUUAUCCCUCUCUUCCACACCUCCUGUUUCCCUCCUCACACCUGCCAUCUGUCUUUCCACUCUACCUCCCUUUUCCCAUUCCCUCUCUACUUUUUCGUCUUCGUAGGCGACUCUAUGAGUUACCACAACGCACGCCUGUUCUCUACCAGAGACAGAGACCCCAUGCCUUUCAUCACCCGCUGCGCCAUGUCCUAUAGAGGGGGUUGGUGGUACAAGAACUGCCACCAGGCCAACCUUAAUGGCCUCUACGACACCAGUGUGAAUCACCAGGUAAUGCCAGCUGACUUCAUACCUCAUUUCACUAUUUCAGAGUCUAUGUCACCAAAGUAUUCCAAGGCAACUCUUCGAGAACAAUCAAUUAGAUUUUGGGGUUGUUUGUUAACUGAAUUGUCUCUGUGUCUCAGGGUGUGAUCUGGACUGCCUGGAAAGGAAAGGACUUUUCCAUCCCUUUCACUGAGAUGAAGCUCCGACCAACAUCUUUCACCCCUCCAACUCAGGGAUAA